AUGAGAUCUCACCAAGGUGGCCGUAAACUGACGUUUCUUCAACUCCUAUGCGCCGUCGUAGUUUUCUCCGUUCUCCUUUUCACCAUCCAAACUUCCUUCUUCGCAGAGAAUAAUCGUAAAGCAGAUCUAAUUCAGCCGGAAGAUAUCCAGAUCUUAUCUGAUUUUCAGUCCAGCGUUCAACAGUGCGUGGGGAACAGAGGGCUUGGACUCUCUGCUCAUAUUAUUGAUCACUGCAAUUUGAUCCUCAGGUUCCCUCAAGGCACUAACAGUACUUGGUACAAUACACAGUUUAAAGUUUUUGAGCCACUGGAGUUCAAGUAUAAUGUGUGUGAGGCACUUCUCCUAUGGGAGCAGUACCGCAAUAUGACUACAGUGUUGACAAGAGAAUACCUCGAUGUACGCCCUGAUGGAUGGCUAGACUAUGCAGCUAUGAGAAUUGCACAGCUGGGAGCUGAUAAGUGUUAUAAUCGUACGUUGUGUGAGGAGCAUCUCAAUGUGAUCCUUCCAGCGAAGCCUCCUUUCCAUCCACGGCAGUUUCAUAAAUGCGCCGUCGUUGGAAAUUCCGGAGAUCUGUUGAAAACAGAGUUUGGAGAAGAGAUUGACAGUCAUGAUGCUGUGUUCCGAGAUAAUGAAGCUCCUGUCAAUAAGAAAUAUGCCAAGUACGUAGGAGUGAAAAGGGAUUUCCGACUAGUUGUUCGUGGUGCGGCUCGUAACAUGGUUAAGAUACUCAAUGGGUCUGACAAUGAGGUGCUUAUAAUCAAAAGUGUGACCCAUCGAGACUUCAACGAAAUGAUAAAGACUAUACCAAACCCUGUUUAUCUUUUCCAAGGAAUAGUCCUACGCAGAGGUGCCAAAGGAACCGGGAUGAAAUCCAUUGAACUAGCAUUGUCCAUGUGCGAUAUCGUCAACAUAUAUGGUUUCACCGUCGAUCCUGGAUACACCGAGUGGACGCGUUACUUUUCCACGCCAAGGAAAGGGCAUAACCCACUACAAGGAAGGGCAUACUACCAACUGCUAGAGUGUCUUGGUGUAAUCCGGAUCCACUCUCCCAUGAGAUCCCAGAGAAAAGAGGACUGGUCGAGUGUGCCAAGCCGUGAAAUGAUAAGCCGAGCUCACGCAGCCGCCUUACGCCUACAAAGGAGCCAACAGACAACUGGUUUGAAAAAGGAUGGGUUAGGACAAUUCGGUAAUUGCAAGGUGUGGGGCGACGCAGACCCUGCAAAAGGACCUGUCUCAGGAUCUCCAGACAUGAGUGAGAUCAGGAAGAAGUCGGACUACAAGAAAUGGGAAGUGAUGCCGUUUGGGGGCUUAAGGAAAGAAGCGAGGGAUCACUAUAUACAAAUGCAAGGCGUGUCACAGUACAAGAUGGAUGGAAAUAAACUGGACGAUCUUGUUUGCGUGAGGCAUCCGCUAGAAUCAGUGUAG